CGUUGGGUCCAGACCAUGGUGUUUGCCAUUGAGGAGAUCAACAACAGCACCAGCCUGCUGCCUGGGGUACGGCUGGGUUACAGGAUCCUGGACAGCUGUGACCACAUCCACACCGGCCUCCGAGGGGCACUCUCGCUUGUCAAUGACUCAUCAGGCCAGGCAGGUGCUGCUCCCCUGUGCCUCACCGGUGCCCCCGUGUCUGCCGUGAUCGGCCUGGCGUCCUCAUCACCCACCCGGGCCGUCGCCCACACACUGGGGCCCUUUGGGAUCCCACUGGUGAGUUACUUUGCCACCUGUGCAUGUCUAAAUGACAAGCACGCAUUCCCCUCUUUCCUGCGGACGGUGCCCAGCGAUCUUUUCCAGGUGCGCGGGCUGGUCCGCCUGGUCACCCACUUCGGGUGGCGCUGGGUGGGUGCGGUGGGGACCGAGGAUGACUACAGUCGGUAUGGGAUCCAGGCCUUCUCUGAGCAGUUGCGUGAACGCGGGGGCUGCCUGGCCUUCUACAGCACCCUCCCCAAGGUCCCCUCCCCAGAGCGACUCCGCCAGAUCGCCGACACCCUGGAGGCCUCCAGAGCCCGCGUCGUCAUUGCCUUCUCCACCGAGGGCCAGCUGUAUGACCUUCUGGCUGAGGUGGCCCGCCGGAACCUGACCGGGUGGCAGUGGGUGGCCAGCGAGGCCUGGGUGACUGCCACGCUGCUCUCUGCCCCACGGUUCCACUCCGUACUCACAGGGACCCUGGGCUUUGCCUUCCGCAGCGCUAGCAUCCCCGGGCUGGGAGACUUCCUGCUGCAGAUCCGUCCCUCUCCCAGACCGGAGUCCGUCUUCGUCAACAUGUUCUGGGAGGAGAUGUUCUCCUGCAGGCUGGGUUUCCAUGGGGAGCUGCCGGCUGGCCCGGGCCCUGUGCCUCCAGUGUGCACUGGUGCUGAAGAACUGAGGGGCAGGAACAGCAUCUACACCGAUGUGUCCCAGCUGAGGGUCUCCUACAAUGUGUACAAGGCAGUAUAUGCCAUCGCUCAUGCCCUGCAUCAGCUUCUACAGUGUGAUCAUAAUGGACAAGCUACAGGAAACAGGGCUUGUAAGACGGGCACCCAGUUUGAAGCAAGAGAGCUUUUAUCCUACUUGAGGAGAGUGAACUUUACAAACCAGCUGGGAGAAAAGGUAUAUUUUGACACAAAUGGAGAACCAGUGCCUCUGUACGAUAUAAUCAACUGGCAGAAUGAUGACAACGGAGGAAUCAGGUUCAAGAAGGUGGGCAGUUAUGAUGCCUCUGCCCCAGAGGGGCUGCAGCUCCAGAUGGAAGAGGACCUGAUUAUGUGGACAGGUGGGCAGACACAGGCGCCAGUCUCUGUGUGUACUGAGAGCUGUCCACCAGGCACGCGACAGGCAACACGGCCAGGGGAACCCGUCUGCUGCUUUGACUGCCUCCCCUGUGCAGACGGAGAGAUCAGCAACAGCACAGGCUCCACAGAGUGUACAAAGUGCCCUCUGUAUUACUGGUCAGACAAACAGAGGGUGACCUGCGUGGCCUCAGUGGAAGAGUUCCUGUCCUUCCAUGACUCUAUGGGCAUCGUUCUGGUGACCCUGUCUUUACUGGGCGUGGUCCUGACACUGGUUAUCACUGUGAUCUUCUAUCGCUUCCGGGCCACGCCCAUUGUGAGCUACUUUGCCUCUUGCAAUUGCCUCAGUGACCGUAAAGAGUUUCCUACUUUUAUGAGGACAAUGCCAAGUGAUGUUUUUCAGGUAAAGGCAAUCGCUAAGCUUGUCAGUCACUUUGGCUGGACAUGGUUAGGCGUGAUAGGAGGAGAUUCUGACUAUGCUCGCUUCGCUGUACAGCUGUUCUUGGAGGAGUCUGCUGUGUUUGGUGUGUGUGCUGCUUAUGUUCACUACUAUCCCCUGCACCUAUCGAAGGAAUCUGUCUUUAAACUGGCACAAGUAAUCAAGAGAUCUUCAGCCAAAGUCAUCUUGUGUUUUUCUGGGGAGCCAGAGCUGCACUAUAUUUUGCAAGAAUGCAAACGUCAAAACAUCACAGACAUGCAGUGGAUUGCUAGUGAAGCGUGGUCCACAGGCAAUUCCCUGUGGGGUGACUUCCGAGACCUGUUGAUCGGAACGCUGGGGUUCGGGAUUCGCAGGGCUGAAAUUCCAGGUCUGAAGAAUUUUCUAACCAGAUUCAGACCCUCCCAUGCCCUCAGGUCUCCUGUGCUCUCAGAGUUCUGGGAGGAAACAUUUGACUGCAGGCUGAAUGGGUCCCUGAACACCCAUGUACAUGGCAAUAGCAAUACUACCCUUCGCAGGAAGCCUUGCACUGGACUGGAAAGCCUGGAGCAGGUGCACUCAGUGUACGCAGACGUUUCCCAGCUCAGAGUGUCUUACAAUGUCUACAAAGCUGUCUACCUCAUUGCACAUGCGCUGCACAAUAUGAGCACCUGUAUUACAGGGAAAGGCCCCUUCCUCAAUGGGAGCUGUGCUGACCCUAAACGUGUUGUGCCUUGGCAGCUUUUUCAAUACAUGAAACAGGUCAGGUUCAACAUUCUGGGAGAAGAGAUCAGCUUCAAUGAGAAUGGGGAUCCCAUUGCAUCCUAUGACCUCUUGAAUUGGCACGAGGGGGAUGAUGGCUCCCUCCAGCUGGUGAAGGUUGGGUACUACGAUGCCUCUAAGGGUGGAGAGAAGGACCUUAUCAUAAACGAGUCAGCUAUUUGGUUUCACAGAGGCCCGCAGGCACCCCAGUCAAUGUGCAGUGAACAUUGCCCACCAGGUUCCAGAAAGGCUACUCGCAAGGGACAGCCUAUCUGCUGCUAUGACUGCAUACCAUGUGCUGAAGGGGAGAUCAGCAAUGAAACAGACUCUGUGGACUGCAAGAAAUGUACAGUGGAGACAUGGCCCAACCAAGACAGAGACUUGUGCAUCCCCAAAGCCAUGGAGUUCCUGUCCUAUCAUGACUUAAUGGGAGUUAUUCUCUGUGCUGUCUCUGUUGUUGGAGCCUGUGCCACUGUGGCAGUCUCAGGAGUGCUCUUUGUACACAGAAACACGCCAGUUGUCCGUGGCAACAAUAUGGAGCUGAGCUUCCUUCUGCUGCUUUUCUUGGGGAUUUGCUUCCUGAUAGGGAUGGCAUUUAUUGGAGAGCCCACAGACUGGUUCUGUAGGAUCAGAUACACUGCUUUCGGGAUAAGUUUUGCUCUCUGCAUCUCCUGCAUUCUAGCCAAGACCCUGGUUGUCUUGAUGGCCUUCAGGGCCACACUUCCUGGUAACAAUGUCAUGAGAUGGUUUGGUCCGGCCCAGCAGAGGGCCAGCGUUUUCUUGUGCACCUCUGUGCAGGUUGUGAUCUGCCUGGUCUGGCUGACAACUAAACCACCCUAUGCUGCCCACAACACCAGGUAUCAAACUGCCAAAAUUAUUGUGGAAUGUGCUGUGGGGUCAGAGGUGGGAUUCUGGUGUGUGCUGGGUUACAUAGGGUUCUUGGCUUGCUUAUGUUUCAUGAUGGCCUUUCUGGCCAGGAAACUGCCUGAUAAUUUCAAUGAAGCCAAGUUCAUUACUUUCAGCAUGCUCAUAUUUUUUGCUGUGUGGAUCACCUUCAUCCCUGUGUAUGUGAGCACAUCAGGAAAGUACACUGUGGCUGUACACAUAUUUGCCAUUCUGGCCUCUGCUUUUGGACUCCUGCUCUGUAUUUUUGCACCAAAAUGCUAUAUUGUCUUGCUUAAACCUGAGAAAAACACCAGAAAACAAAUGAUGCUGAAAAAGUAA